GUUUUGAAGAAGAGUUAUUUUACAAGGCUCAGAAAAACAAAUGUUAAAUAAUAUAUUUUGUUAAUUGAGAACAAAAUGAAAAGAAGAAAAACGACAUCGUUUUAGAAAGGAAAGGCAGUUGAAAGCGGUUGAGAAACCGUUAGCGGUACGUAACAUAAGUAACCAUGUUGACGAUGAGCGUACCAAAAAGAAAAAAGAAAAGAGAAGAAAAUGGGGAAUUAAAUUAGAGCUAAAGGGAACUUUUGAUAGCGUUCUCAGGAAUUGCCUCCGACACAAGCUCCGAAUGCCACUCUUUCUUCAAAAAAGCCAAACCCUAAAUCCCUCUCUCUCUUCCCCAUGCCGUGUUCUUCUUUCCUAAGCAUCUCUCCCCCUUUUCCCCUUUUCUUCUUCACAUUUUAACCAACCCCCAUUAUUUGUUUCAUUCCUUUUCCGAUUCUCCCUCUCAUCCUCUACCCAUUUCCCAUUAUUCCAUGGCUGUCGACGGCGUUUGUGCACUUGACGUUGUUGACUUUCCUCCCCUCCAGUCAACGACGACGCCCGAGAAACAUCGUCGAUCCUUCUCCUUGCUUUCAUCUCCUUUGAUGAUUGUUGGCCUCUCCAGGAAGAAUGUUUUGUACCGCCAGCUUCCUCAUCAGCCUCUCAUGCUCUCUGUUCUUAAAUUGGACGGCUCUUCUUUCGAUAUUCAAGUUAGGAGAUCUGCUACUGUUGCUGAAUUGAAGGGGGCCGUGGAGUUGGUCUUCAGUCACAUGCCACAGCACGGACCGGGAAAGAUUUCAUGGCUCCAUGUGUGGUGGCAUUUCUGCUUAUGCUAUGCUGGUCAAAAGUUAGUUGACGAUGCUGACUACAUUGCAAGUUUUGGCAUUAAGGAUGGUGAUCAGCUUCAAUUUGUCCGGCAUGUCACAACUGGCUACAAUGUUAUAAGAAAGCAAUCAAAGAAACUUGUGGUUUCCUCAAAACUGAUCAGUAGGAUAUCAUCUCGAUCAAAAAGCUUCAAGCAAAAUGAUCAGAAAGAUAUGGAAAGAUACAACUACAACGACAUAGAAAGUGGAAGGUGUCAACAUAGUGGCAGCAACAACAACGAUCUCUUCAUGAACCAUGAGCCAAAGAUGGUAGUGUUUUUAGGAGGAUGGUUCUCUCACACCAAGCUAGCAUCCGCAGGAAAGAUGAGCAUCAAGAGUCUGGUACGUCCAUCGGUAACUCGCCCUAGCCUGGUGCGUGGUUUCAAGAAUUUAAUACAAUUAUGCCGCGAAAAACGACAUUAUGAAAAAGUGAAUAAAAAGAAGAGAUCCAUCAUAGGAGUUUGAGUAGAUUAGGAACGAUUGAGUUAGUCUAUACUCUCUAUAAUAAAUAUAUGCAUUCUUCCUUCAUAAUCCUCGAUAUAUAAUAAGGUGUUAGACUACCAGAAUUCGUAACUGUAGUCGGCUGGUGAUUAUUGUUUUUGUGGUUAAUGACAAUAAUGGUAGGUGUAGUUAAGAAAUUAUCCAUUGAUAAUAGAAGAAGCAUUGUAUCAAAAUACCUUUACACUAAUAAUUCUUAUAGAGAAAUCAACUACUACUACUUGUACCUUACGGACAUAACUCUGAUCUAUAUAGUAAUUUUGUCUUUCUACUUGUCA